AUGGGAGGAGGUGCGUAUAGGAUUAAGGAAAAUAUUGCUCACCGUAAGGGAAAUGUCGUCUCCUGUCCGAUGUCUACGAAAGAAGAUCAAUCUAAAUGUAUGAAAGCUAUCUUGGAAGCAAAGAACAAGAAAAGGAAGAUGAAAAUAGAACCGGAUGACUCGGAGUUUGAUAGGCACGAUAGGGAGGAAAAUCUUGUAAAUAUGAAAGAUUCUAUGUUUGACGGUCCAAUGGAUAAGUUUGUAAUGUCUAUUCCUCCCGAGGACGUUAGGUGGUGA